AUGCCGCCGGCCCUGCAGAUCCCUCCUUGUGGGCCCCAGCUAAGGCCUGCUGAAGCAGAAAACCAUGGUAACACCAUCUUCCCCAGCCCCAGGUGGUCCCCAGCCAGGAGCACCAGCUGCGCUGAGCGCAGCCUGGAAGGGCUGUUACUACAGAGGGCAAGCCUAGACCUCCCCAUCGGCUCUUCUUCGACCUUCCUCCCUCCUCCCUCGGCCGCGGGGCAAGGACCCCACCAGUGGUCCUGGGAGGGCGGGGAAGAGGCCGGCCGUCCCGGCUGUGGCAGCGGCGGCGGCGAGGAGGGGGCGCGGAGGAGCAGCUCCACCUCCUCUGUCUCCCAAUCGCGUUACAGGCGGAGCCGCCAGAGUUUCCCUCAGUGCGGAGAAGUGUGGUCCCAACUCUCAGGACCGAAGCUGCCCACCACUCACCCGGGCUGCCCCUGCCUGGCGGCAUCGCGCCCCGGGCCCCUCCCCCCCCGGGGCCUCACCGCCACCCCCGGGCCCCCGCCCCGGGCCCCGGACUCACCACCCGGCCGGGCCCCGCGGGAGGAGCGCGCCGAGGCGGGCGCCGGCCGCUGCGGGCUCGGGAUCUGCGCGCGGCGGCCUCGCUGCCCCCCGCCCCCCGGAGGUGGCUCCGGCGGCGCCGCAGCUGUUACCCGGAGACCGAGGGGCGGAAAAGCGCGCCCGCUGCCCGCCCCUCCCGCCGCGGCGCUGCCACCGCCGGGAACAAAGGAGACAAAGCCGCGUCGGCCGGGCCGGGCUUCGCUCCUUCCCCCCGCGCCCGCCGGGCCGCCCUCCCCCCGCCCGCCGCCCAGGCCAGGCCGGAAGCAGCCGGGAGAGCCGGGCGCGCGGCCCCGAGCCGCCCGGGACCCCGCAUUCCAGCCCUGCGGGCUCCGCACUUGCCGAGGGCGGGGGACUCGACCCCUCCCUGUGGGGGCGCUGGCUGCUGGGCGGCGGUAG